AUGGCCACAGUUGAUGUAUUUGCUGUCGGCAGUAGCAGAGCUGCGCAGCUUCAACACAUAAAUCGCUAUAAUAGAUUCACCAUCGCCACCCUUGGAGUCAAGAGCCGAAAGCUUAAACGAGUUGUAACAUGUGAGGAUGGUUCAGAGUGUAAAGAGCUCCUUAAAAAGGGAAGAGCCUAUCUACAAUGGCUAGAUACUAUCGAGAUGACUCCUGAGAUUAAGGAAAAGACCACAACAGCCAGAAUGCUCCAACUGAUUAUAAACAACCCUGAACUAUUCUACCCAGAAGACAUGAAGAAUAGUGCUAGGGCUUUGUAUGAAAAGUGGGAGUCUGAGAACUGGGGUGCGGAUGAGGUAGCCUCGGAGGACGCAGCCGAAGAAGAGGUGAUUCCUGAAGAUGGAGAGGAAGUUCCUAUCAUUCAGAGUCAGCUACCACCACCGAACCAUCCCAUUUAUGGGGAACAUGGUAUCAUGUACGGCAUUGUGGUCGCUCGAGGCCCCAAAGGUAGAAUAUCCUACCAGCUGAACCCACGUGUGCCUAAGAGAUCAGCCAAGGUGUUUGGGCAUAACAAUAUUCCCGUCGGAGCUUGGUUUGCUAACCAGUUGGUUGCGCUUCAUCGCGGUGCCCACGGUGCGCGAAUGGGAGGAAUUGCCGGUUCUACUACAGCAGGUACUUAUUCUAUCGUGGUUUCUAACGUAUACGACGACCUCGACAACGACCAAGGUGACGUACUCUACUACUCCGGCUCAAACAGCCACAAAAACGAAGACCCUUCUCAGUCAGUACCGUCAAGCGCGGGAACGAAGGCUCUAAAGGCUUCGCUACAGACAAGACGCCCCGUGCGCGUCUUACGUUCCGGCGGGUCCCAUUCCUCCAACAGCAAUCGCUGGCUCCCUGAAUGCGGUAUCCGAUACGAUGGGCUGUACCAAGUUACCAGUUGGCGAGAGCGUGGACUGUACGAGCAGUUUCGACUAUGUAGAGAGCCCGACCAACCGCCCCUGGAGGAUCUCCGUCGUACCUCCCCGACAGCGCAGCAAAAACGCGACUGGAAUAGAUUCCAGCAAGGGUACUAA